UUUUUAGCAUCUUUGAGGCAGGAUUUCCUGAUACCUGAAAUUCAAAACAAGAGAACAACUAGAGUUUCCUCAUUUAGGCUACAUGUAACUUGUGCUGUAGAGUUGACCCUCCACAAAAUAUUUAGCAUUCUUAUGAGUGAUGGAGGAAAUCUAUGUAAAUGUUGAAUAUGACAAAUCUGUUGACUCAAAGCCAUCACAAAAUCAGACAGGUCCCAGGAGCUCACAGAGAAGAUUUCACGGAGCUGUUCUCUCUCUGGGGCUGCUGAGUGUUUUCCUGCUGGCUGGGCUCAUCUACCUUGGUGUCCACUACCAUUAUUCAGCCGCAAAACUCUCCACUAUCAAAGACAACCUCACGGAGCGUCUCCAGACCAGUAAUACCAAGCUUUCUUCCCUGAUGGAAGAGAAAGACCUGCUGAAUGACAGCCUCGUUGAAAUGACUAAAGAGUUGGAAAGGCUUCAGGGUUUGUCCAAACAGAAGAAAACCUGUCCUGAAGGAUGGAGGAUAUCCUGUGUUACCUGUUAUUUCCUCUCUGAUAAGUCUGGUUCUUGGGAUAAAGGCAGAGAGGACUGUAAAGGCAAAGGAGGAGAUCUGGUGGUGAUAGACAGCACUGAAGAACAGAGGUUUCUCUAUACAUUAACCAAUGAAGACACAUGGAUUGGUUUGAGCGACCGAGAAGAGGAAGGGACCUGGAAAUGGAUAGAUGGAACUCCAAAGACUCUGACGUACGGAGCAGUAUGGCAGUCUGAUAAUGGUGGUGGAGAUCCACGUUGGGGCGAAGAGGAUUGUGCACAUUUGAUGCCUUACACCAAUGAGUGGAAUGACCGGUCCUGUGAAACUUCUUUGCGAUGGAUCUGUGAGAAAGUAGCCUAAAAUCGGUGUAUGUUUUAAGAGUCUACAUUUGAUAAUGCCUUUUCAAUGUAUGCUAUAAUAAUGCAAGGUGUUUAGAAAUUAUUGUUCUUGUAUGUAGACAUGAGAUCAUGCUGUAGCAAUGUCUCUUAGUUACAGUUCAUCCAAUUUAUCAAAGCCUUUUUCUGAUGUAAAGGUUGUAAAGAUCA